UUGCGCCAACUCCCCACUGCCAGCUGCACCUUCUCCACAACAAGUUCCUCCAGCUCUUGAGCCUAGUUAGGUCCUUCUGCCUCCACCAACACCCCUACAGAUAUUUCUACUUGCACCAUCUCUACUGGAGUUCUUACUACCUGCAACUUCACUACUAAUGCUACCACUUUAGCUACACCAUUGCUACUGAAGCUCCUUUUUGUUGCGCCUACACCACUAAUUCUACCAAAUAUCUUCUACCUGCACGAUUCCUACUGGUGAUCCUUCUACUUGAACCUUUACUAGUGGUUCUACCAAGCUGCCUGUGCCAUCCCUACUGAAGAUCUUUUCAUUUGCACCACCGUUAUUGAUUCUAGCAACUAUACUAGCCCUACUACAGACAGUUACCCUAUUAUAGGUGAUUUCAACAAUACUCUUGAUUCUACAGUUGCUCCUACCUACACCCAUCCUACUAUACACACACACACAGUGCAGAAAUGGUGAUGCUGCUACAUGUCUGCUUUGGGCUCUGGAUUCUCCUGUGUACAGGUUGGGCGGCUGACAUUGGCCCCAUGUAUGUGGCACAGAAUGGCUCAGUUCUGCUCAAUAUCCCCGGCUAUCCCAAUGCUGAGAAUGACCAGGUGACCUGGAAAAAUGGCGAUGGUUACACAAUGGGGAGAUUCAGGGAUUCGUUAUCAUAUCAUCAAGUAAAGGGCUGUGAGUGUGAGCUCUUCAGGAACGGCUCCUUGUUUGUCAAGCGGCUGGAUGUGGUGGGAGACCAGACCUACAAGGUGAUGGUGUAUAACCAGGGUGGCAAACAAAUCUCAUCUCAUUCCAUUACAGUCACGGUGAUCAAGCGUGUGGCUGCCCCGGUGCUGAGUUACACGUGUGGUGGGAAACACAUAAGACUUCACUGUGAGGUGAGUGAUGAGGAUGCACCGGACGAGAUGAAGAUCAUGUGGAACAACUCACUUCUCGCCCAAAGCACCAAAAGCAAAUCUGUUGGGAAAAACAUCUCUGUGGAGAUUGAUGGGAAUGUGACCUGCACCGCCAGGAACCGAGUCAGUGAAAAUACACACACCAACUCCAUCAACUGUCACACUGACCACCAAGAGCUGGAAUGGUUCAUGAUACCAGCCAUUGCUGCAGGGGGCGUGGCUUUCCUUAUCUUCAUCAUCCUCCUCAGUUACUUUGUGAGCAGAUCAAGGUGCAAGAAGACCAAAAUAGGUGAGGAAGAGGCCUCUAUAUGUUACAAGAAAGAUAUUUCCAUACAGGAGCGACAACUCCCAAGCCCCUUCAGCCAGCCAGACACACAGACACUGAUCCAGCCUCCAACACAGACAGACCCAGAGCCACAGCCAAAGCCUCCAGCUCCCAGGGGCCACUCCAAAAGCCGCCCCCCAAAGCAAUCUAAGAGGGGAGCCCAUUCCAAGCGAAAUGUGGCUACAGCAGAGAAACAGGCCCCCCAACAUCAGAAGCAACAGAAUUUGUCUCAGUCUGAAAGGCCUCCAGUUCCCAACAAUCAUCCCAACACCCGCCCACCCAGACCCCAGCCUCGUACAAAAUCACGGCCGGCCCACCAGCACCAGCAAUAG